GACUGGUCGGGAUCUCCAACAACUGUUACCCGACCCUCGGUCGAUGCACCCAGUGCUCUGAGAAGUUCAUAUUGGGUGACGUUCGUGUCUUGGCUGAUCCAACAAAGCAUGAGCACGCAAAUGAACGGGACUGAGAGGUGGACUCGCAAUUCGUCGACUAGUACAUGUCUGCACCAAUUCCUUGAGGGUAGAUGCUCAGAGAAGAGCCUUACACCGUAGACGAUCUUGAUAUAUGCGCGCGACGAUGCGGUCCAAUUCGUUAUCGGUCCCCACUUUAGACGUACAUUCACCCAUCAUGUCUUUCGCACUGAGACCUUUCG